CGUUCUCGUCCAAAUGCUGACUUUAGAAUUUGAACCGUAUUAUCUGCGACUGAUGACGUUUCACGAGUCCACAGUCCACGAAAACACAAGUCCACACAAGAACACAUAUUGAGAAAGGGCCUUUGAUUGAAGCACGAAGCUCCUUCUCUACACGGACCUGCUGAGGACAGAAGAGAGCUGCCCGCUGAGGAGCUUCAUGUCGACAAGCUCACAGGUUGCUGUGAAGGUGUGUACAUGUGGAUUCUGCUAUGAAUCAGUGUGAGGACCCAGAGGAGGGAGUCCGUCCCUCUGAAGCCCCUCUGUGUGGGGACCAUGGCAGCCAGAACAAAGCUCAGAGGAACCAUCAGGGAACACAACCUGGACCCGGUCCUGAAUCCGGACCCGAACCCAGCUGUGUGUCCAUGAAGAGCAACCGGUCUAUUGGUCUUUUUCCAAACUUCAAAAACGUCCCCCCCUCGGUAGAUGAAAGUUCACCCAGCUGUGUGUCCACGAAGAGUGAUUGGUGUAAAGAUGUUGAAAAUUACUUCAAAGAUCAACAACGUUCUUACGACCCAGAAGAACAUCACUCUGCCCAGCAGCAUCCUCCCCACCUGGACUCCAUAUUUAUGAAUAUUCUGUUGCAGAUGCUGGAGGAGAACAUACUCACUUUUAUGAAGAACGAGCUGAAUAUGAUCCAGAAGGUUUUGAAUCGAGAUUACACAGAAUGCUUAGAGAGUCAGAGGGAGAAUGAGGAGUCGCUGGAUAGUGAGGAUGAUGAGCAGAGGAGGACCAAAGAGGCAUUUCUGAAGAUUGCAGUGCACUUCCUCAGGAGAAUGAAGCAGGAGGAGCUGGCUGACUGUCUGGAGAGAAGACUUCUUGCUGCGGUUUGUCAGCGUGAACUCAAAUCCAACCUGAAGAAGAAGUUCCAGUGUGUGUUUGAGGGCAUCGCUAAAGCAGGAAACCCAAACCUUCUGAAUGAGAUCUACACAGAGCUCUACAUCACAGAGGGAGGGACUGCAGAGGUCAAUGAAGAACAUGAGAUCAGACAGAUUGAAACACCAUCCAGGAAACCACACAGACCAGAAAACCCCAUCAGACAAGAAGACCUCUUUAAAGCCUCAGCUGGAGGAGAGGAACCAAUCAGAACAGUGAUGACUAAGGGAGUGGCUGGCAUUGGAAAAACAGUCUUAACACAGAAGUUCACUCUGGACUGGGCUGAAGACAAACACCACCAGGACAUACAGUUCACAUUUCCAUUCACCUUCAGAGAGCUGAACAUGCUGAGGGAGAAGAAGUACAGCUUGGUGGAACUUGUUCAUCACUUCUUCAGUGAAACCAGAGCAGCAGGAAUUUGCAGGUUUGAAGAGUUCCAGGUUGUGUUCAUCUUUGACGGUCUGGACGAGUGUCGACUUCCUCUGGACUUCCACAACAAUGAGAUCCUGACUGAUGUCACAGAGUCCUCCUCAGUGGAUGUGCUCCUCACAAACCUCAUCAGGGGGAAGCUGCUUCCCUCUGCUCGCCUCUGGAUAACCACACGACCUGCAGCAGCCAAUCAGAUCCCUCCAGAGUGUGUUGGCAUGGUGACAGAAGUCAGAGGGUUCACCAACCCCCAGAAGGAGGAAUACUUCAGGAAGAGGUUCAGAGAUGAGGAGCACGCCAGCAGGAUCAUCUCUCACAUCAAGAUCUCACGAAGCCUCCACAUCAUGUGCCACAUCCCAGUCUUCUGCUGGAUCACUGCUACAGUCCUGGAGGAGCUGUUGAAGUCCAGAGAGGGAGGAGAGCUGCCCAAGAGCCUGACUGAGAUGUACAUCCACUUCCUGGUGGUUCAGGCCAAAGUGAAGAAGGUCAAGUACGAUGGAGGAGUUGAGACUGAUCCACACUGGUGUCCCGAGAGCAGGAAGAUGAUCGAGUCUCUGGCAAAACUGGCCUUUGAUCAGCUGCAGAAAGGCAACCUGAUCUUCUAUGAACCUGACCUGACAGAGUGUGGCAUCGAUAUCAGAGCAGCCUCAGUGUACUCAGGAGUGUUCACUCAGAUCUUUAGAGAGGAGAGAGGACUGUACCAGGACAAGGUGUUCUGCUUUGUCCAUCUGAGUGUUCAGGAGUUUCUGGCUGCUCUUCAUGUCCAUCUGACCUUCUUCAACUCUGGUGUCAAUCUGCUGUCAGAAGAACAAACAACCUCCCUGGUAUCUAAUGACACACCUAAACCAAAACGUCUCUACAAGAGUGCUGUGGACAAGGCCGUACAGAGUCUUAAUGGACACCUGGACUUGGUCCUCCGCUUUCUCUUCGGUCUUUCACUGCCGACCAAUCAGAAUCUCCUACGAGGUCUGCUGACACAGACAGAAAUCAGCCCAAAGACCAAUCGGGGAACAGUCCAGUACAUCAAGGAUACGAUCAGUGAGGAUGUGUCUCCAGAGAAAAGCAUCAAUCUGUUCCACUGUCUGAAUGAACUGAAUGAUAGUUCUCUAGUGAAGGAGAUCCAACGGUCCCUUAGUUCAGGACGUCUCUCCACAGAUGAACUGUAUCCUGCUCAGUGGUCAGCUCUGGUCUUCAUCUUACUGUCAUCAGAAGAAGAUCUGGACGUGUUUGACCUGAAGAAAUACUCCGCUUCAGAGAAGGCUCUUCUGAGGCUGCUGCCAGUGGUCAAAGCCUCCAACAAAGCUCUACUGGACCGCUGUAACCUCUCAGAGAAGAGCUGUGAAGCUCUGUCUUCAGUUCUCAGCUCCCGGUCCUCUAGGCUGAGAGAGCUGGAUCUGAGCAACAACGACCUAGAGGAUUCAGGAGUGAAGCUUCUGUCUGCUGGACUGGAGAAUCCACACUGUGAACUGGAAACGCUCAGGCUGUCAGGCUGUAUGAUCACAGAGGAAGGCUGCGCUUCUCUGGCCUCAGCUCUGCGCUCCAACCCCUCCCACCUGAGAGAGCUGGACCUGAGAUACAAUCAUCCAGGAGACUCAGGAGUGAAGCUGUUGUUUGCUGAACUGGAGGAUCCACACCGGACACUAGAAACUCUCAGGGUGGAGCCUGCUGGAGCCCGAUGUGUGAGACCAGGUCUGAAGAAAUAUUCCUGCGAACUCACAAUCGACACAAACACAGUACACAGAGAACUCCAACUGUCUGACCACAACCGGAAGGUGACAUAUGUGGAGAAGGAGGUUCAGUCAUAUCCUGAUCAUCCAGACAGAUUUGACUUCAGGCCUCAGCUGCUGUGUACAACUGGUCUGACUGGUCGCUGUUACUGGGAGGUCGAGUGGAGAGGACGAGUUACCGUAUCAGUGAGUUACAGAGGAAUCGGGAGAAAAAGAGGCAGUGAAGACUGUUCGUUUGGCUGGAAUGAUCAGUCCUGGAGUCUGAGAUGCUCUGAUGAAGGUUACUACGUCCGUCACAAUAAGACAGGAAAACACAUCAACGACGACUCCUCCUCUGGGAGAGUAGCUGUGUACUUGGACUCUCCGGCUGGCUCUCUGUCCUUCUACAAAGUCUCCCCUGACACUCUGAUCCACAUCCACACCUUCAGCGCCACAUUCACUGAACCUCUCUAUCCUGGGUUCAGGUUCUCGUCCUGGUCCUGCUCCGGUUCCUCAAUGUCUCUGUGUUCUCUGCAGGAGGGAGAGUCUCCUCCUGGUGGAGAACCUUCCUCUCUGCUCACCACAUAGUUCAGUCUGUACAGGAUGUCACACAGCUGAUGUUGGUUCAUGUGGAUGUAGAUACAGGUGGAGCAGGUGAGGGGUGGU